AUGUCUUCGUCGAACAAAAAUUUCACGGUAUUAGGAUUUCAGUAUGAACCAGAAAGAUCAGAUUCCGAAAUAGCUUCACAGCCUAGGCGGGUUUUUAAUGAUGCUUUUGAUGAUCAGGCAGACUUCGAUCCUCAGCAAAAUCCUAGAUUGUGUAAGCCUGUUACUGAUUGGUGUCGUUGUGGUAAAUGUGAGAGGAUGCCGACAGAGAAAGAGUGUGUUUGCUGUGUUGAAAUCGAUGCCAUAAAAUACUUCAAUCUUAAUGAUCAGGAAUGCAUCACACAGCAUCCACAUUUUAACUACAUCGUGUUGUUGAAAGAUGUGUUAUGGACAGCGUUAGUCGCGCUAUAUGACCAGGAAAGUCGCGGUUUACCUGAGCGUGACCAUGUACCAAAUAGGACGUACCGUUACGGUGCUUAUCGACAGUUUUGCUGGUUUAUCCACAACAAACUUGGGCGAGGUGUACGACGUGUCAUACCAGCGUGUGCAGUUUGUAAGAUCAGGGAGGAGUAUCCUAGUGUAGAUGGACGAUACACUGGGUUUAAGGGUGACGCAGAAGGGGGAGAACUGGUUGAAAUGGAUUUCUCUUGGAUAGCGGAGAUAGAAGACGAAUAG